AUGACGCCUACUGAAAUGACAUUUGUCGGUGCUGAACGACGAACGGACAACAACGGCGGCGGCGGCGGCAGCAGCUCUGCCAAGCAGUCACCACUUGCACGAGUCGACACGCCGCCGGACCAGAUCCACGACGACGACCUGCCACAGGGCGCAUCAUCGGGCACAGAGGAGACAUGCGACGUGUACAAGACGCCGCCGCCAGACGGCGGGCUGGCAGCGUGGCUGGCGCUGCUGAGCUCGUGGAUGGGGGGGAGAAGAUCACAGGAAGCUAACGAGGUCUACCACAAAUCAGGCAUUGGCACCUUUCAAGGCUACUACCAAGAAGACUACCUCCGAGAGUACUCCCCCAGCACAAUAUCCUGGAUCCCAUCGCUGCAAAUCUUCAUCGCCUACGCAACUAACCCCUUCACCGGACGCCUCUACGAUGUAUACGGCCCGCGGUUGCUCGUCGCCGGCGGCACCGCGCUCGAAGUCGUCGGCCUCGGCCUCGCCUCCCUCGCGAAGCGCUACUGGCAGAUCCUGCUCGCGCAAGGGCUCUGCGCCGCGCUGGGCAUGUCCGCGCUCUACGUGCCGGCGACGGCCCUCGUGGCGGGGUGGUUCGACCGCCGGCGGGGGCUCGCGUACGGGCUCGCGACAUCGGGCUCGUCCGUCGGGGGCGUCGUGCUGCCGCUGCUUCUCGUGCGGCUGGUGCCCCGCGUCGGCUUUCCCUGGGCGCUGCGCGCGGCCGCGCUGCUGGUGCUGGUGCUGCUGCUCGUCGCCAACGCCACGGUGCGGGCGCGGCUGCCGCCGCGUCCGGCGCCGCUGUCGCGCCAGGUCCUGCUGCGCCCGCUGCGCGACGCCAGGCUCAUGCUCGUCAACGCCGGCUUCCUGCUCAUGACGCUCGGUGUCUUCAUUCCCAUCAACUACAUGGCCGUCGAGGCCAGUGCGCGCGGUCUGCCGGCCGCGCAGGGCCACUACCUCGUCGCCACCAUGAAUGCGGGGAGCCUGGUGGGACGCAUCGGCGCCGGGAUGGUGGCGGACCGCGCAGGCGCGUACAACACGUUCGUCGCCGUCUCGACGCUGGCUGGCGUGCUGGUGCUGGCGCUGUACAUCCCGGCGCGCGGCGCCGCCGCUGUGUGGACGUUUUCGGUGCUGUUUGGCAGCACGUCGGGCGCGUACAUUGCGCUGCUGGCGCCGCUCGUCGUCAAGAUCUCGCCGCUGGAGGAGUCGGGAUACCGCAUCGGGCUGUUGUUUGCCAUGUCGUCGGUGAGCGGGCUGGUGACGAGCCCAAUCGGCGGUGCCAUCCUGGAGCGCUGGGGUGGUGACUACACGGGCAUGAAGAUUUACUCAGGCGCCAUGAUGCUGAGCGGCGCGGCGCUCGUCUUUGUUUCACGCAUGAUGUCGACCGGGUGGAAGGUGAAUGCUAUUUUCUAA